CUAAAAAUAUUGCUCUAGAUUUGAUUGUAAAAGAUUUCAUUUCCAGUUUAUUUAAGCUUGAGAGACUUUGAUUUGUAAGCAGCGGAAAGACCACAAAAGAGGAAGCCAUUUUGCUGCAGCUAGUUGUUUCAUUGAAAAUCCAAAGUUUGUGAUAUCCAUAGAGAUGGUGAUAGCUGAGUGCGAGUUUGCAGUUUCAAAUAUCAAAAAACGAAUGUCUAUCACUUUGAUGCUCGUGGUGCAAGAGAACAUGUGAGCCUAACCUCUAGAUACUGCCCUAAGCUUUUGCAGUCAUUUAGGUAUCAUAGUCUGAGACAGGUCCGGUGAAUAAUCUUCCUUUCCGCAAGUCAGGCAUUACUUGGGAAAUAGAUUCUUAAUCUGGAAUUUCUGUAAAUAUUUUUCUGAUUUGCAAAGUUUAAACGCAGGGUUAAUCACCAAUUUACCCAGGUCACGGUUACCUGCAGCUUUUUGCAUGUGGCAACUUCCCAAAACCACCUAGCCCAAUAAGCAACCUAUUAGUCACGUGACUUUCCAUUGUCUUGCCUCUCCGUUGAUGAAUUCUGGUUUAUUGACGUAAUAUUGCGAAUGUUACAGCGUAUGGCAAAUUAUCUAUUUUCAGUGGCGGCCGUCCAGUUUUUUGGUAACCUUUUGGUUUUAUACCAAUACCAUGAUUUGAUAUAAAGGGAAAGAAAUCGGAAAUACUGGCCUAACGAAAUUGAGUAGCGUUAACGAAUAAACAUGAUGGAUAAACUUGGAAGGAAUUCUUAACAGCUGAUGGAAUAGAGGACCUUUUGACACAGUAUAUACUACGCUUGACACGGUUUUAAGAUGGCAGCAGACUUGCCUAAGUGCUACUUCAUCAUUUCGCUCAUUUGGAGCUUAGGAUUAAUACUAGUCCAGUCGUCGAAGGCAAAGGAGGACCCUUGGCUAUGCAGAUGGACUCCCGUACAGAAAAACACAAAAUUUCGAGAAGGACUCGGGGCAGGAACAUUCCACCAUCUUGGAUAUACACCAAAUAUGGAAACUUGCGUUGAUCUUUGUUGCAAGAUGCCCCUCUGUGGAGUUGCCUUCAAAAGCAAAGACCGUUGCUAUGGCGUCGAAUGUGUCAGUGAUGAUAGUUGUGAGACAGUAACAACUGAACCUGGGGACACUGCUGUUGAAAUAUCGCAUGUCAGAGCGGGAAAGAGGCCGGCUAAUGCAACUGACAUGAACAUGGCGGGCCAAUGUCGACCGAGUCCAAUUUAUAAAGAGGUUACACUAAAAGGAGGCAUCCAUGCAGGCACAUAUAAAGAUGUUGGCGGUGUAUCCACAAUGGAGGAAUGUCAAAAGAAAUGUUGUGAAUUUCCCGCUUGCGACCUCGCAUUCACUUUAGCUUCUAGUUGCUAUCUGGUCGGUUGUGCAGAUCAUAAAAGUUGUGAACUGCAACCUGCAAAGAAAUCGAGCUUUCAUCCAAGUGUUUCCUACGUCACAAGAUGGAACAGCGAAGGCGUAAAGCACACAGUUCAACUUCAAGAAAAAAGUUCUGUUAAGCAUACCUGUCCUCCAAUGAAAGCCUUAGAUAAAGUGACACUAAAAGGUGGACUCCAAGUUGGUGAUUUCACCGAUGUCGGAAAAGUGAAUGACUUAGAGCAAUGCUACAAUAUCUGUUGUCAGCAAGAAAACUGUGAUCUGGCUUUUAUGCUUGCACAAAACUGCUUCAGUGUCCAGUGUAAAGACAAGAAACUCUGCACAACUGUUCCUGCCCAACCUUCGAUAUUCAAUCCGCAAAUUGCUUACGUCACGUCUCGAGAUAAGGGGCCUGAGAUGAGCCCAGCACCAGCCUCAGAGAAAGCAAAUACACUGAAAAAAGGACAAGCCCCGAGUGAAUGUCCAAAAACCAAAGUUAUAAAUAAUGUGACGCUAAAAGGUGGCGUUGACGCUGGCGAGUUUCAUGACAAUGGUCAAGUUGAUGACAUGGACAAAUGUAGGCGAAUAUGUUGCGAAAUGACCCAAUGCCAUUUGGCAUUCAUGCUUGGCAAGAACUGUUUCUCAGUUAAAUGUCAUGAUGUUGACGCUUGUCGAGCACAGUCCGCGAAACCUUCAAAUUUUCUACCCAAGAUAUCUUAUGUUCGUAAAGUUGGUUCAAAUGAGCUGCUGAAACCCGAAAAUAAGAAAAAUAGUCUCAAAUCCCAAAUUGAAUCUGUAAAAGAGAAAUUCAGAGAACAGCUUCGAAAGCCUGUUCAGAUCGUCAUUGGCAAUCUGGGUGAUGCCCCACCAAAGAAUGCCACUCCAAAAAAACCCGCGACGGAAGUGAAAGAAGACAUAACAACCAAGCUCGCAAAACUCGGGGAAGACAAGGGUGAAGAAGAGAAAGAGGGAAGCCUGCCAGGAGAAGCUCCCGCAGAAUCAAGUGGCGACUGCAAGCCGGGCCCUAUUGCGCACAAUGUUACUCUUAAAGGUGGCCGUAAAGCUGGAGAGUUUAAGGAAAUAACUCACGUUAAGGAUAUGCAAGAUUGCAUUGCCAAGUGUUGCGAGGCUAAAGACAAAAAAUGCAAUCUCGCUUUCAUGCUGUCAAAAACGUGCUAUGCAGUAACGUGCAAAGUCAAAGAAUUGUGUGCGACAAUCCCUGCACCAGCAAGCUCGUUUCACCCACAGGUUGCCAUGGUGAGGGAACCUAUUCCUGCUUUUAGUGGACUGGCAAAGAUAGAUAAAUUGAAUCAAAUGCCACAACCUGAAGAGAAAACAAUAGAUGAUAAGAAAGAGAAGGUGCCAGUUGAGAAGAAACCCGCAGAAUCGACGCAAAAACCCGCAGAAAAAUCGGAAGAAAAAGCUGUUGAUGCGUCUAAAGCAAAGCCUGUUAGCAAAGGCGAAAAGUCUUGUUCGAGCAAGCCUCCGGUGAAAGGAAAAUCACUGAAAGGAGGCAAGAAGGCCGGAAAAUUCAGAUAUUUUAAAAACAUUAAAAAUAUAAACACUUGCAUCUCAAAAUGUUGUGCGUUGAAUGCAAAUUGUGAUGUUGCGUACAUGGAAGGGGGGAAAUGUUAUACAAUAUCAUGCUUCAAAAAGGGAUCGUGUAUGGCAGUAGACAAGCAGCCGAAUGACCAAGCCCCCGUCAUUGCUUACAUGGAUCAUUUUAUAAAUAAAGCCGAGGAAGGAAGUGAUAUUGAAAAUGACCAAGGAAUUGAACUAUCUGAAGAAUCAAAGCCGAUUGGUCAAAAACCUGCAGAUAAUGGUGCAUGCAGCAACGUUGAAAUCGCCCAUAAUGUCACUCUAAAAGGUGGAACGCGGGCUGGAGUUUUUAAAGAGGUUGGCAGAAUGGUUGAUAUGAAGAAGUGUGUAUCAUCAUGUUGCGACAGGCCUGAAUGUGAUGUCGCCUAUAUGUUGAACGGACACUGCUUUGCGGUCCAAUGCGCAGACGGCAGUUUAUGCCAAGCCACUGCGGAGCCUGCCAAGGCUGGUGAUACAGUUGCAUUAGCCUAUAUGAACAAAGCCGCACUUGGAGAAUACAAACGAGAUUUCUUCGUUCUGUACAUCAUUGCUGGCUCAUUGGCAUUCGUUGCUAUAACUGGUGGCCUCAUUUGGAUGGCGUUCGUUUUCACAAAGAGGCAAAAAUUAAAAAGUCAUAAAGGAAGGCUCUUAGACGAAGAAGAAGAAUCUGUCGAUGACCUCGUUACCAGACCCUCUCAUACAAGGUAUAGGACGCCCAUGUCAAGGUACUGAGUAAAGAAACAAGAAACUGGUGAAUGGUCACAAAGAAGGGUUUUUGAAUCGUAAAAUCAAGCACGUUAAUCUAACAGCCGGGCUGAUCCAUUAAGCAUUAAACUGUUGUAAAUACGCACAUUUUCUUUAUGUAAUAUGCGAAGUUACUCAAACAAUUUCUCAGCUUGCAAAACGCCAAAACAGAUCAUAGAUUUUUGUUUGAAUUCUUUUAGUCCUAUCGGCUGUUCAAUGAAUGUUCAAUCACCGUAUAACUUUUGUGGUUUUCUGUAACAUCUUGCUUUUGUCUGAAAUACGGCAGUUGCAUGGUAUCGACAGUUUCAAUACCAAGGUUUAGUCUUUAGUUGGCCAAACUCCAGGGCAGUUUUGUUAUUUUUUAAAGUUGAGAAGCUGUAUAUAAAGGUGAUGCCUUAGAUAGCCUCGUUGUGAAUUGACGCCUCUUUCGACGUAGGAGGCUCCCUUUAUGAAGAAAUGUUUAUUGAAACGAGGAAAGUAAAUUUGGCAAUUGAAGAUAACCAACGUAAUUUAUUUAACCUUCGCAAACCGCUUUGUUCAAGUCACCUAGCCGUGGUGAUACAGUACCCAGCUAGCAGAGAUAUUUUGACUCCAUUUUCUUGAUAGUCGCUGGCCUCUUUGGUUCACGUCUUCUAGAUUAUGAAAUUACAUAAGAUAACCGUUAUGGUAUCAAAAAACCACGCCUUCGGUGAAAAGUAUUCUACACAGCUUUACUCCACAACAAAAUAGCAAACGAACCACAGCUAACCAUAACUACACCUACUUUGAUGAGUACCAUACGUGUUCUUUCCCGCAAACCGGAAUGGGUGGACCCAUCCAUUGAGAUUCGGCCAAAGAUAUGCCCUCAUCUCUCCCACAGUUCCUUUAAAUUGGCUAAACAAAUGUAUGAGCAGUAUACUCAUAAAUGCUAACGGCUUUAUACAUAAUAAUUAUAAGGAUGCAACAGUUUGACUUAUACACAUAAUAUUGAGAAAAUAAGACUCAUACUUUAACGAAAUUGAGCCGUUUUGUCAUAACCCCCCCCCCCCCCCUACAUUUUAUCUGCCGGCUUUUGACUUGAUCUAUAUUUUUGUGUUAAGGCUUAGAAAAUAAUUGUCGCUCUUAUUGCUUUAAUAUCGUGUAAUUAUCUUUUUAUAAGAAAAUAUCAUAUAAAGAUUUGCGUUGUCUCUUUUUCUU